AAUAAUUGAAAUUAUUAAAAGAAUAACUUAAAAUUAUUAAAUUUCCAAAAACAUUGAACAAUAACUAAAAAAUGAAAGUAAUAUAUGGAAAACCAAUUGGACCUGGUCCCGGUGCAUAUAGUUUACCAACAGUUUUAGGUUAUAACAAUCAUGAUUAUCGAAAAGAACGUCGACCACAAUAUUCAUUUGGUAUAAAACAUAAAAAUUAUUAUGAAAAUGGAAUUGGCCCCGGUCCAGGAGCAUAUAAAGUUGAUGUAUAUAAUAAUGGUAAAAAAUUUACACCAAAUUAUACAUUUGGUUUAAAACCACCAAUUAUUAAUAAAAUGUCAAUAGUACCUGGUCCCGGUGCACAUGACACAUAUAAUGCACCAAUACUUAAAGGUAAUCGUUCACCAGCUUAUACAAUAAGACAAAAACAUGUAUUAGUUGAUAAAAUGAUAACACCAGGUCCUGGACAACAUUCAAUUAAUAUUAAUUUUGUAAAAUCACGUUCACCAGCCUAUUGUAUGGGUAUUAAACAUAAAAAGUUAAAUGAUAUUAUAUCACCAGGACCAGCUGCAUAUAAUGCAAUACAUUUGGAACGUUAUAAAACUAAAACACCCAGUUUUCCAAUAGGAUUAGCAUAUAAAAAAUUUAAACCAAUGACAAUAACACCUGGUUCAAAUGCGUAUGAUUUAAUUUCAUAUAGACCAGGUAAUAAGCAACCAAGUUAUACAUUUGGUCUCAAACAUCAUGAAUAUGCACCACCAAUGAUAGUUAAUUGUGAUAAUUAA